GAGAUUAUAAGCUCGAUUCGACAAGCUGGGAAAAUUGCUCGUCAAGAAGAGUUUCAGAAUAAUCUCUCAGAUGUUGAAGACCCUUUUGCCAAAAAGUUUGAGGUGCUGUUCUGUGGACGGGUGACAGUAGCACAUAAAAAUGCACCUCCAGCACUCAUAGAUGAAUGCAUUGAGAAAUUUAAUCGUGCAAGUUGUACAAAAAAAUCAGAUUUCAACUCAUCAUCCCAACAACAUGAAACUGCCAAUAACUUUGGAGGCUUCUCUUUCAGCAACAAAUUUCGGUCUGUCUUCCAGCCCUUGGUCAGUGAAGAGGAGGAGAAAAGACCAAUUAGGAAAUCCUUUUCUCAGCCUGGGCUUCGUUCCUUUGCUUCUAAGAAGGAUUUGCAAGAGGGAAGCCAUAGGAGUAACAGCUUUGUCAGGUCUUUUGAAGAAGAUGCAAUUUCACUGAACCUAAAAAGUCAACUUAUCUAUGGACACAGUGUUGUGCAGCCAACAGACAUUGCAGAAAACCGGACAAUGUUGUUUACGAUUGGCCAGUCUGAAGUUUACCUUAUCAGUCCUGACACAAAAAAAGUAGCAAUUGAAAAAAGCUUUAAAGAAAUAUCCUUUUGUUCUCAGGGAAUUAGACAUGUGGAUCACUUUGGGUUCAUCUGCAGAGAGUCUUCAGAAAACGGAGGCUUCCACUUUGUUUGCUACGUGUUUCAGUGUACAGAUGAAGCACUGGUUGAUGAAAUCAUGAUGACAUUGAAACAGGCUUUUACCGUAGCUGCUGUGCAACAAACUUCCAAGGCACAGACCCAGCUCUGUGAAGGAUGUCCUAUGCAAAGCUUGCAUAAACUCUGUGAAAAGAUAGAAGGGUUACACCCUUCUAAGACUAAAUUAGAACUACAAAAGCAUCUAACAACACUAAAUAACCAGGAGCAGGCCUCUAUUUUUGAAGAGGUUAAGAAAUUAAGACCAAGAAAUGAUCAAAAAGAGAAUGAGUUGGUUAUCUCUGUUUUGAGAAACAUAUAUGAAGAAAAACAGAAGGACCAUGUUCAUGUUGGAGAAGCAAAACAGGUAAGUAAACAUUCAGUUUUAGUUCAUGUGCCAAGCAGUGCUCCAAGGUUCAGAUUAGAUAUGUUAAAGAACAAAGCAAAAAGAUCUCUGACAGAAUCAUUUGAAAGUAUUUUAUCACGUGGCAGUAAAGCCAGAGGUCCGCUGGACAGUUCUGGUGCUGGGGAUUUGGACAGCUCCAUAUCCAGUACCUUAAGCAGCACAAGUAAAGAACCACCAUUGUGUGAAAAGGAGAAAGACAAACUUCCCACACUUCCUACAGAAAACGCUGUCAAGACCAGUGGAUCAGUGGGUGAUCUCUCCAGCGACGCAGAUGAUGCUCCUCUUGAGCAGUCUGCUACAUUACCUCAGCAAAGCUUUCGGAGGCGAGCAAACACACUGAGUCACUUGCCAACAGCAAGCCAGGAAUCUCUGGUACCUGUUGAAACAUCACCGUCUGUUCCCCAGAGGAAACUUAUGAGUGACUAUGAAUCCAAACACAGCCAGCAGGCCGGUGGUGCAGACAGCCCUGUGAAGACUCGACGGCAUUCGUGGAGGCAGCAGAUAUUCCUGCGAGUGGCAACCCCUCAGAAAGCAUGUGAUUCUCCCAGCCGAUAUGAUGAUUACUCUGAAUUGGGAGAACUUCCACCGAGAUCCCCAUUGGAACCAGUCUGUGAAGAUGGCCCCUUUGGGCCAGUGAAGGAAGAAAGGAAACGGACACCCCAUGAGCUUCGUGAGUUGUGGAAGAAAGCCAUUAUUCAGCAGAUACUGCUUCUCAGAAUGGAGAAAGAAAACCAGAAGUUACAAGCUUCAGAAAACAACUUGCAGAACAGACGUCUGAAACUUGACUAUGAAGAAAUCACACCAUGCUUAAAAGAUGUAACUUUGAUUUGGGAAAAAAUGUUGAGUACACCUGGAAGGUCAAAGAUUAAAUUUGAUGUGGAAAAAAUACACUCUGCUGUUGGGCAAGGUGUACCACGUCACCACCGUGGGGAGAUCUGGAAGUUUCUGGCAGAGCAAUACCAUCUUAAACAUCAGUUUCCAAGUAAACAACAACCAAAGGACACACCUUAUAAAGAACUCCUAAAACAACUAACUUCCCAGCAACAUGCAAUACUUAUUGACCUAGGGCGCACAUUUCCAACACAUCCAUAUUUCUCAGCACAGCUGGGAGCUGGGCAGCUGUCACUCUACAAUAUUUUGAAGGCCUAUUCACUUCUGGACCAGGAAGUAGGAUAUUGUCAAGGCCUUAGUUUUGUAGCAGGAGUUUUACUACUUCAUAUGAGUGAGGAAGAUGCUUUUAAAAUGCUAAAGUUUCUCAUGUUUGACAUGGGCCUGAGAAAACAAUAUCGUCCUGACAUGACAAUUUUACAGAUCCAGAUGUAUCAACUGUCUCGACUUCUUCAUGACUACCAUCGAGAUCUCUAUAACCACCUAGAGGAACAUGAGAUUGGCCCCAGCCUCUAUGCUGCUCCCUGGUUUCUCACUAUGUUUGCCUCCCAGUUUCCCCUUGGAUUUGUAGCCAGAGUGUUUGAUAUGCUCUUUCUUCAGGGAUCAGAGGCUAUAUUUAAAGUGGCUUUAAGCCUUUUGGGAAGCCACAAGCCCUUGAUUCUGCAGCAUGAGAACCUAGAAACUAUUGUUGAUUUUAUUAAAAGCACUCUCCCCAACUUGGGCUUGGUACAGAUGGAAAAGACCAUUAGUCAGGUCUUUGAAAUGGAUAUUGCCAAGCAAUUGCAAGCUUAUGAAGUUGAAUACCAUGUGCUUCAGGAUGAGCUUAUCGACUCAUCUUUAAAUGAUAAUCAGAGACUGGAUAAAUUAGAAAAGGCAAACAGUAGCUUGCGCAAACAAAACUUCGGUCUCCUGGAAGAACUGCAGGUGGCUAAUGGAAAGAUCCAAAACCUUGAAGCCACAGUAGAGCUUUUACUGACCAAUGAAGGCAAAUUGAAGCAGUCCAUUGUCACUCUUGAGCAGGAGCGAGAAGCUUUGCUGAAAGCAGUGGAAGAGAUGCGGAAAAAGAUUGGUGAUGCAGAUGAGAAACCUCUACUUACUAGACAAGAACACAUGGAUGCCGACUGACAUUCACAGUGGUAAUGGAGCAGAGAAGCUGAGGAAGAAGCAAAGGGAAGAACUAGGUGGUUUUGUCAUGAUCCAUGGGGAUUUGACAUUGUCACCUUCAUUGUACAUGCCUUACUGUAGCAAAGCAAGAUACGGGCAUGGUGGCUUCCCAUAUCAGAGAAGCUGGUUUCUUGGGGAGAAGGCUCUUUCUUCUUAGUAUGUAGAAAUACUAUGGACAGUAAGAUGCCACAUAAUAAUAAGCAGGAGAAACUUAAAAGUGUGUGUAGUCAUACACGAUACACUGUAAAGAUGUCAUGGAUUCUGUCAUAAGUGCUUCUAAACCUAAGUGCUUUGUGUUCGUCACAUAUUUUGUUUAUGUAGAUCACCAUGUUAAAUAGCACAUCCUUUAGAAGGUCCUUUGAAGAAAUAUGGCAGUGUAAAACCUUUGAAUGGGUGACUGCCCAAUUGCAGCUAUGUGGUGGUAACAUUUAGAGAGAGUUUUGUGAUUGGACCUGAGAUAUUUUUGACAGUGUAAUUCCCUUACAGCUUGACUGGGUUCUGUUAAUUACAUUGUUUACGCUUCAGAAAACUGCUUCCUCAUGCUUGAAGGUGUCAGUCUAUUGGACUCCAGAGAGCUGGACUUCAUCAUAUGUAACUAUGCAUAAUUGUGGGGUUGCCAUCUGUUUUUAUAAGUAGGUUGUUUUAACACAUUUUUUGUUUAACAACCGUUAAUUUAGUGUAUUGUUAGUUGGCAUUAUCUGAUAAACACACUGUAUAUAGUAACUGCAUUAUGCUUAACAAAAUACACUGACAUCGGUUUGGUGAAGCCUCUGACUCUUGCAACAUCAUCCAAGGAUUUACAUUCAGACUCUUCAAGUUUUGUCUUAUUUAUUUCUGAUCUGCUGAGUGAUGUAAGACAUCCUUUUUUGGGGAAAGUAAUGCUCUUUGUCAUUUUUUUCCCUUUAUUUGGUACUUUGUGCCCACCCAUCCUCUGGGAAAUGUCAUUCUUUAAGACUUUUUCUGAAGUAGUGGAGGCAUUUCAGGAGCUUCAUGUGCCAGAGUGUGAAAAAAACCUGUUUUAUAAAGAGCAUGGCAGUUUGAAUUAGGACAUCCUUAUUUUUACGAUGCAUCUUUCAAGUAAGGUUACACAUGUUAAAAAGAUUCUCGCUCUUCCUUAAUACAAUGAAAGUAGUUUCCAGGCCAGUUAAAGCACCACUGCUACAAGUGCAAUAAUAUCCAUGGAUAUCCAGUUGUUUGGGUUUGCUUCAGAAUUAGGAAUAGUGACAUAGUGUUGUUGAGUCCCCAAGCACAGAGUUAAUAGGCAUCAGUGUUUUCUUAUGGUGGAUGUUCACCCAGAAGAUGUGAUUUUUAUUUUAUUUUUGUUCUUAAAUUGAAGUUUUUAUUUUUAAAAUUCCAAAGCGCACGGUUUUUUUCCCUGACUGUCAAUGUAGAAAAGGCUUUGUUUUGCUUUUUCCUUUUCUUAUGCAAUUCCCCCUGACACAUUGUGAUUGCAGUUUAACAGAGAGCUAUAACAUCCAUCUACUGUGCAGUACAAAUACCUCUAUGUAGGUGAAAAGAAAGAGAGAAUUUACUUCAACUUCUAGAAGCUUUGUUUGACUCUGUUGUGUCUUAAAUAUGUCCAGUUCUUGCAAAUCCACUCUGUAUUCACUUAGUAUUGAAAAUCCAGAUAAAUCAAUUAUUAUUAAUCCAUUUACCUCUUAGGCUUGUUUUUUUAAUUUGGAAAUCCAUAUUGAAGCUCAUGCUUCAUGUUUAAAAUCGUGUCAUAAUGAAUCUCAUACUGUUAGAGCACUCAGUAAUGUUGCAUUUUUACAGCAUAGUGCCAUGAUUCAUACACUGACUUUUUAACAAGAGCAAUAAAAAUAAUAAUAAUCUAUGCCUA